AUGGCCAAACGCUCUCGUGACGCCGAUGCCAAUCCUGAGGAAAAGCGGACCACAGAACCCCCAGUCAAGAAGAGGAAGGGCUUCUCAGUUGGUCCUGCAAACCUGCCUGAUGGCACCUACCGUCGUAAAGCCCAAAAAAUAAAGUCCGACCUGAUCCAAAAGGCCAAAGUAAAAAAGGCCUAUGCCAAAAUCAAAGCCGAGGAACUCGCGUCAGCACCUAAAAGACCAAUUUAUGCGACCGAGGAACAUGCGGAGGGUGAAAACACCAAGGGCGAUAACGUCGUUGAUCCUGCACCGGCGUCUUUGGAGCUACAUCCAGACCGACAGGCCAUGCUGAACGACCCCGUGCCGGAACGACCACCCAGAGAACGGUCACAGGACCAUAACCCCCGUGAACGUCGGAACAGAAGAAAACCCAAGCCGUCCGCUUUCGCAAAGGAAAUGGAGAUUGCGGAGAAGCGCAGGAAAGAGGCGGAGAGGCGCAGAGAAGAGCGGGAGUUUAAAAUCAAAGACCGCGAUGCCAUGGCCAGGGCGAAGAAGCCUGCUCCGGACGGCAAAAGAAAAUUGGGCCGGGAGAGCAAGGUCUUGCUCAACAGGAUUCAACACAUGGUGGGUCAAACGUAG